UCGAUGGGUUGCCAACUACAUGGACAUGCAUGACAAAUAACCAAACUGUGGUUGAGAUCACCUUGAAUAAUUGGGACAAUGAGUAUCAAGAGGUCAUGUCAAAGUUCAAGGCCUCCAGUAAGAGUUCAGUGACAGUUUCAGAGAUACGCAGAGUGCAGAACCCCUUUCUUUAUCAGCAAUAUGCUGCAAAAAGGAAGGAAAUCGAAGUGAAGAAUGGAAAAGAUCCGCAGCAAUGGUUGUGGCAUGGGACCUAUCCAGAAACUGUUAAUAAAGUCAUAAACAAUGGAUUUAAUAGAGGAUAUUGUGGCAGGAAUGGUACGAGGUAUGGUGCUGGGGUUUAUUUUGCUGUGAAUGCGUCCUACUCUGCUGGGUAUUGCAGACUUGACUCUAAUGGACUCAAGCAUAUGUUCUCUGUCCAAGUUGCGACUGGUGAUUAUUGUGUGGGUAAUAGAAGAAUGAAUGUACUUCCACCAAAACACGGAGCAGGAAGUCACGUGACGUACGACUCUGCCUCCGAUAAUCUCAUUAAUCCGGAAAUGUAUGUGAUAUUUCAUGACAGCCAAGCCUACCCGGCAUAUCAUAUAAUCUUCAGAUAAUCUGUCAACUACUAUGUCAAGAAAAAACACAAGAGCAUGGACUGCUGUAAACGCGCUGGAUUUUGCAUUGUGAAUUAACAUUGGAAGCAUUUUCAAAUACUACAAGUACUACUAGUAACAUAUACGGAACGUGAUAGGA